AUAUCGCAGAUGUAUGCUGUAUGCUGUUGCGUGUCUGUUGUAUUUUUGCAGUCAUAAAAACUAUGUAUAUUUUAAUUAAAGUUGCGUUAAAAAAAAUAUAAGGAUUUAAAAAGGAUUUAAACAUCUGUGUACAUCUCAUAGGGUUAAAUUAUAUAUCAAUUCAAAUGCACAACCCUUUGAGUGUUUAUUUAGGCAUUAACAAUCAAAUUUUAAUAGAAAUUUGAACAAAUUUGCAUUUUGCCUUAAACCCAUAAUUAUUCCUACCCAUUUAAGAUACGUCGCUAUGUUAUUGCUUAACCUUGAGGAAGUGGAGUUCAUAAUCGUUUACCGGCUAUAUAUAUUAUAGAUAACGCAUGCAAACGAAAGUACAGUGUUCUAUUUUCGGAAAUUGAAAAGUGUACACAAGUAUUAACAUUAUUACGCGUUACUGGAAACAGUUAUUAUAAACUAUAAUAUAAAUAUACUAUAAACACAAACAAGGAAGCAUAGCGGUGACGGGAUAUAAGACCUAAAAUUAAUGUAUUAAUGGUCGUUUAAGGCCUACAUCUAGUAGUGAGCAAAACUGGUCGAACAUUUACUAGCCAUAGUGUGUUAAAGUAUUUCUGUUCAACGGCAUUGCAGAUUUUGAAAGAUAAACACAGUGCUUAUCCUGACAAGGAGUCCGCAAUGAAGAUAACGUAUUUUGAUUUGUAAACUUGCUUUAAUAGUUACAUCGGUCAAGGUUAAAAAUAAUGGCCGAUUCCAACGGCUCACACGGUCUGCUAGAGGUGAACUGUCGACCGAACUGGCCCCGGUGGACCUGCAUGGCGGGAAACAUUUGUGGACUCUGCAGCACGGCCAUAUGGUUCAUAGUUCUUCUUCCGCAAGUCUGGAAAAACUUUCGGCGGAAAUCGGUUCGCGGCUUAAGCGUUUUGUGGGCCACCGCCAAUUUCACGGCGUCCCUCAUAAACGUGUUUUUCGUCUUUCGGUACUUGAAGUUGCCACUGUAUUCGCAAAUCAGCGCCGUAUAUAUGCCGGUUUUGGAGUUCGUCCUUCUGCUUCAGUUCUGGAUAUACGGGACCCACAAGCGGAAGUUUAAAAUUGUGUACUCGACCGUGUGCGGUCUUAUAUGGGGUGCACUUAUUGUCGUUGAGCUUCUACUUCCUGUUCAAGAUUUUGCAGAGUACGCCGCCAUCACGCUUUGGUGCAUCGAGACAUUUCCGCAGGUGAUUCUCAACAUGAGGCUGCAGUCGACGAUUGGUCAGGCUACUGGAUCCGUGUUGAUCGCUAUGAUCGGUAAGACGACGGAUUUCCUAGCUACCAACGGACUCGUGAUGCCCCUUCAAUACGUCGUCAUGUGCUACUUCUCGACGGCGGUCGCCUACAUCAACGGUCUGCAAGUCGGCUGGUACUUCGACGUCGAGGAAGUAACUAAUGCGGAGAAGAUCGACCGCUCUGAAAACCGCAUGGAUUCGCAAAUCGAGCGAUACGUUACCAACUUGGAGGAAGCGGAUACUGUAAAGAGAACGUCUCCGUCGCCCCCACGCAGGGCCGUUGCGGUUAUUCGCAUCGCCUUGCUUGCAUUGUUGACAGUUUUGUCUCUCGGUUGUGUGAUAGGGUUCUGUUUGAAUCUGAAUUCAUACUACGGUCUUUUCGCGCCGCUAUCUGUGGCCGCGGUGUUGAUAGUGGCACAAUUGCAUUUAGUUUAUUGUAGAAGCUCCUCGUUUGACAUUAAUCUAGAAACUGUCAAUUAAUCAUUUGAAUAGUGGCCAGCAUUUUCAAUUUUCUAAGAAACUAGUCAAUAACAUGAACACUUUACAUUUAUAUUUCAGUUUUUCCGUAUAUUAAUGUUUUGCUAUGUAUCUUGACGUAGAAAAACAUGCAGGUAAUUAAAUUGUCAUAUUUUGAAUUUGAAUAAAUAUCUAGAUAUUAA